AUUUAUCGAGUGAGAAGCCCAAUACUAAUUCAAGUUUAAUUUGGAGGCCCGAGCCCAAAAAUCCUCAACCCUCCUUCAAUUGAAUCCCUGGUUUUCAAUUGAAAUCUCGAGUAAAUGGCGACCGGGGACGGGAGGGGAGGGGAGAGAGAACCGACGGUCGGUGUGCGCGCAACGGCGCAGCGAGGGUUUGGACGGACGGUAUCGACGGCAGCCACACGGUAAAGCUCGGCUGCUUUCUUUUGUGAUUUUGGAAACUUUGACAGUCCGAUGGCGUUUGAAAAUAAAUAAGAAUGUGGUAGAAAUGUCAGCGAAUUCUAGGGCAGGAGAUCAGUUGAAGAUGGUUGAUCAUCAAUCAAGGGUAUCAGCAGCAGCCAGGUUACAGCCCACCUUUCAAAGAUACCAACGUUUGGGCAGGAAAUCCCCAUUUCUUAGAUAUGGUCUACCGAUGAUCUCGCUCACCGUUCUUGGAGCCCUGGGACUCGGCCACCUAUUACAAGGAAGCAAGGACAUGGCUAAAGUGAAGGACGAUCGAGAAUGGGAACUUAUCGAGACAAAGAAAGCACUGUCGAGAACAGGACCGGUAGAUGCCUAUAAACCCAAAAAGACCUCCCUGGAGGAAGAGCUGAAGGCUCUGCAACAAAAGGUUGACAUUAAUAAUUACGAAUACAAGAGAAUCCCGAAGCCCAGUGAAGGAAAAUGAAUGAGUGCAGAUAAAAUACCUUUGCUGGGAUGCAAUUCACAGGUUUGAAUUCCUGAAUGAAUAAGCUGCAUUCCCUUCAAUGUUUCCCUGUUAUGAUUUUGGCUUUGUAGGGUUGUAUUUUAUUUUUUGGCAAGUUAUGGUGUUUGGUGGGGGAAGUUCUUGAGAGUUUCUAUUACCUUACCUUAGUAUGCACAAGUAUGAACUUUGCUCUCCACACACUGGUUGCUCAGUUUUUGCCCCUUUAAGAAGUACUAGAAGAUAUUAGUUUGUUUUCAGCAAUGCAUUUCUUACAUUACACAGAGGACCAGUUUUGUGCUUUCCGGGAUCCCUAGCUUCAAUUUAUUGAGCAUUUCAAGUUAUAGAACAAUCUGUAAUUAGCA